UCCUCCGAUGACGGUUCAGGUCUCCUGGAAGAAAGACGCGUUUACUGUCCACAGCCCGCGGGUGUCGGGUCGUUUAUUGCCCGUGAUUCACCUCUCAGGUUGUGGUGUUUAUGUCAGUUACGUGUCCUGGACCGAGCUUCUCGCGGUGACCGGGCGGUGACAUGACCGAGCCCGCAGGAAAGAGGCUGAAGGGCAGCCUGCCGCUGUGCAGAACGCACCGGAGCUCCGCGGGCAGCCGGGUCAGACACAACCUGCAGGCCGCCGUGGAGGAGGCUCUGUGCGGCGUGAGCAGCCUGCUGUGGGACGGAGAGUACCGGCUGGAGGCUCUGGCCCGUGUGUUUGAGCGCGGCGAUGCCGCUCUUCCCCGCGCCGCUUCCUUCUUCCACCAGGAGGCGUUGAAGCAGCGGCAGGAGGCCGAGGCCAUGAUGGGCUACCUGGCUGAGAGGGGGGGCAACUACUGUGGCAAAGAUGUCCAGAACCCGCUCUGUGAGGCCGUCUGCUCGCUGUUACCGGCUCUGGAGCUGCUGCUGCUCCAGCUGAAGGAGGAAGUGGGCGUCCUGGUCGAGCUGAGCGAGCUCGCCCGCGACCACGGAGACCCGCAUGCCGCCGGCGUCGUGAAAAACCGCUUCCUGACGCCGCGGGUGGACCGCCUCAAACUGCUGGGAGACCUGCUCACCAGCGCCCGGCGGGUGGGCUGCACCCAGGACCAGACGGGGGGGUUCGGGGAGUUCAUCCUGAAUGAGCUGCAGGAGGAGCUCACCAGAUGAUCGGUCGGAUCAGUCAGAGGAAGUCUCCGUUGAUUCGAGAUGAUACUCUAUCGUUUUCUGUCAAAGUUAGAAUCUGAUUUUCUCCAAAGGACCAGGUGGCAUUUUGGGGAAUUAGCUUGUUAGCAAUCUUCCCCAGAGUCCAGAUGGAUAUUUGUGUCAUCUCACUGCCAUCAACACUGAGCUGUGUUCUACACAUGUUUAUUUAUUCUUUCUUUAAAAACACAGUCAACCGCGUUAGCUACCGUUAGCUCAUGACAUAAUGUUGUUGAAUGUCUUGUGGUGUGGGUUUGUUCUCUGUGAUGUGUGAUUGGAGACGUUGAUGAAUGGUUGAUCAUGAUUGAUGAACAUGCAAAAUUAGGUUUAGCUAACGGAGUUGGCUCCGAGCUCAAAUCCGACAGGACAAUUAGCUCCGGCGCUCCGAGCAAAGUCACAAAAUAAUUAUCAGAGGAAGUUUAAAACAAAUAAAUAAGUAUUCAAACUGUCAAAAUUAAAAUCCAAACACACGGAGAAUUACAUUGACAUCUAUGGGAAGAAUAAAUUCAUGUUUUGCAAAGUAAACGUAUGUGACGGUCUGGUCUAUAAACAACGUUUAAAAUGAUUUGUCCGAAGAUCUGAGCAGGUGAUUGAUGCUAAUAUGAAUCAUUUAUAUCGACACAUUUUGAACAAUACCAAAAAAGUGUUUAUGUUUGAUAACCAGCCUGUAUAGAACGACAGGAAGUAGUUUGUUGGUCGACAUCAUUUGUAAUCAGUAGUAUUUAUACAUGUUUCCUGCUGGUACACUGGUACUCUGCUUCUUCUGUUUGUGAACUUGUGUAUUCUAACAUAUAAAUGUGUUUUUAUUUUGUAUUAUUUGUCCACCUUGUAUUCAGUGUUUCAUUAUAUUCUAGUUUUGUGACUUUUAAUUCGGUCAGACGGAGCUCCGCGUGAAGGAGAAGACAGGAUGUGUGAUGUUUGUUCUGCACAAUAAAAUAAAGUUAGAUAAAGAUUUAUA